UACCUACUAACCAAUAUGGCGGCCAGUAAUGUAUUUCGUUUUGUGUUUUGUAAACAAGUUCAAACUGUCCGUGUUGGUUUAUUUGGGUUAUCAAGGAUUCAGAGGCUUCACACAGACGACAAAUCGUCACAAGAAAACUCACAGGAAUAUGAUAACAUUGAAUCAGACAAGGAAGAAUUGCAUAAUGAAUYUGAGGAAGAAGAAGACAUUGAAAGUAGAAUACUCAAAGCAUCUUUGCCUUUUGUCCAUCARCAUGGAUGGACAUCAAAUUGUAUUUCAGCAGGAGCAGAAACACUUGGAUUGUCAUCAAUGGUGAAAGACAUGUUUCCCCGUGGAGGUGGUGACUUAGCAUUGUUCUUUAUUGAGGACUGUAACAUAGAAUUAGCUGAUUAUUUAACAGAGAAUACAAAACAGGAUCAAGAGAAUAAGGAUGCACCGAGACGUAGAGCGARUAUGAUAAUAAGAGAUGCCUUAGAAGUUAGAUUGCGAAUGAUUAUUCCAUAUAUCGAUAGCUGGCCGCAGGUAAUGCGUCUAAUGGCAAUGCCCCAGAAUGCACCAGGUGCCCUCCAGGCUGUUUCUUACAUGGUAGAUGACAUCUGGUAUCAUGCUGGAGACACAUCGACUGAUAUAAAUUGGUAUACAAAACGAGGUGUUUUAGCAGCUCUUUAUGGGGCAACAGAGCUGUAUAUGGUCCGAGAUCRUUCAGAGGAUUUUGUAAACACAUGGGCAUUCCUAGACAAGAGACUUGAAGACAUAAAACAGUUUGCUAAAAUGAAAGAAAACGUUGAGAAGACUGGUGCUGACACUGCUCAACUACUGUUUACAGCUUUAACUACGGUCCGAAAUAUGACAGGAUUCAACAAAAGAUCAAGGUGAAAACAGCAAAUGAAAUUCUACCCAGCGUAAGGUGUCCAUUGUUUUUUUAUAAGAAUACUGUAUUAUUUGAUUUCAAGGUUGUAUACAUAUAAUGUUAAAUAAACAUAUAUUAAGUGAUU